AUGUCAUACUUUGCCACAUCAACUAUUGAUGUUACUCCAGUUGCAGCGGCGUCACAGGAUUAUCAUGCUCAACAGUAUCUUAGAAAAAGUCUGUCAAAUCUUUUAGUUCCAAACAACAUUUGUAAUAAGACUGUUUACAGAGUGGACCUUGUGCAUCGAAGGCGGUCUGGUAGAGGUAUUAGUGCAUCAUACUCCUUGUCAGCAACAGAUCAUUCGAUACAGUACAUAGCCCCUAAGAAGGCGGGAGAUGAAGGUGAUGCCGAAGAAGAUACGAAAUUGCUGCAAGGGUUAACCACAUUUAAUCUCACAACCUCAGACAGACAGAAGGAGGCUCGAGACAAAGUGGAAUUACCUUUCUUACAAGCUCAAGAGGUGGGUGAAGGAGGUGCUAGAGGUGGUGCAGUUAUUUAUGAAUUUGAAAAGGACGAUGAUUAUGAUGAAGAGGACCCAUACGAGGAUCCCUUUUAG